UCGCAGUUCGGAUUUUGGAAGGUCGUCUGCACUCUGCAGGACUGCAAAAGCUGUUUUUGUAAGGUUUAGGUGUCAACAGUCACACUCACAGCAACACAAACAGCAUUGACGAUAAAAAUCAUCCUACCACUAGGCUCCAAUGAAACAAAUCUAAGCUUUCAAGUGCAGUGUGACUGCCAAAGUUACCUCUGCCCAUGGAGACGCCAGCAAUGUAGAACAAAUACUUAAAGCUAUACCAUCACUCAUCUAUAUGUGGACUGCCAUCAGGACGUUUGCCUGAAACAAGAAGAAUUCCAAUCUCCAGUCUACAUGGUGAUUGGCGUGGAUUACAGUUCCACUAUCGGCAACAACAACAAAAUCUGUUGAAGAAAAGACACUGAGAAGAACGUCAAUGCUGGUGUGGAAUCGUCGAUACAGGCAACCCAGUUUUGCUUAAGUGUUUAAGAUUCAAAGGAAAAAAAUCGGGAUAUUCGUUCAACAUCUUCUACAGACAUCCCUUACAAUGUGAAUAACAAUAUUAUUGACGAAAUUCCUUAUUUCUCAUUUCAGACUCUGUAAUCUUUGAUUACGACCGUCUUGGAAGCGAAUGCUGGUUCAUUGCAAAACGCUUAUUUGGCAAUUUGUUAUUUGUGAUGGCGGUUUUUUUGGGGAAAACUAUGCUGUAGCUAUUUUCAGCAAAGAAAUCACAGACUUGGUCAUAUGCUAUUUUGAUUUUAAUUGGAAUUGCCGCCGCCAGCCGAGCCGAGUUGGAUGGAAUUCGGAGCUGCUAAUACCCUUACCGGUCUCCAAUCCGGUGCUCAUUCGCAUACUCAUCUACAACCGUCAUCGAGAUGUCGGGGCCAUUCCCUUAGAAUCGGAAUCGUGCCGCCUUCUCAUUCGUUUCUUGGAAGUAUCGGUCACACUUUCUCGAAGAAAAGAAAACACAAUAUUUCGUCCACCCAUGUUGCUGGAUGAUGCGGCCAGCAGAAGCCCAGCAAAACCCAAACCUUUACUGGGCAGUUCGGGAUCGGAUCUGGCUUUGUCACAACCUUCACUGGCAGUUGAUUUCUCCAACACACCCAGCACUAGCCCCUCACAGCACGACACACUCGUUUCUAUUGCCCAGGACGGAACUCUUUCGUUGGUCGGUACACUCGUCUCGGAGCACGCUUCAGUCGAUAUUGACAUGGGCUUAAACCAGGAAAAUAUUGCGCAAAGUUUAUCAGCUUCUAGAGAUGUUGAUGCAGAUACGGCCGUACUACCGAAGAGUCUAGGUUCAACCUAAGCUCGAGCCGCCGACACGUUGCGCAUGGCUCUUUUGGUUUAUGUGUGUCUCCAAAAGCAAUGUGACUAUAGUAGCCCAGUUGAACAACAACAAGUUGGUCCAUGCUUCUGUUAACAAUCUGAGUUUAGACGGAAGCAUUUUACCACGCUCACAGAUUGCACUCUAAGGUCUGAUAGAUGUGUUUUCAUGUCAAAUUCUUCAGACCGUAGCUUCUACUGAAAGAGAUGGAAAGGUCAACCAGCAAUCACAAUUUGUCGAAUCACGAACGAAAACUUGGCAGCCGUGUUUAGCAGAGUUUUCAGUUGGAGUUCAAACAGAAAUUCACGUUGACCCAGUUUUACCGGCCAUCACGAUGAUUCACGAGCAAUGGUCAACGGACAUCCAAGAACUAGUUUCGAGUUGAAUUUGCCACGCUGCGCAUUACUUUUUGACGGACAUUCCAUCAUUGAAGCUGAAGGAUUAAAUAUUAGCUAGCUGAUAACGAUCUUGAUCUUAAACAGGAAAGAAUCAGUUUCGAUUGCGAGGCUGCCACAAACAAAUGUGGACUAGUCACUCAGCAUUGCGCGUUUGCUUCCCCUACCGUUACCAGUUUUCCGAAGCCUGCCAACAGGAGAUGGUGAGCGUCUUCAAGUGGCUAAAAUCGCUGCACAAAAAGCCUCGGCUUCCUGGACAAAUGCUGUUGAGGGGUAAACUAUUUGUUCUCCAGCUGCCGGCCAACAAGCUCUGCGCCAUGAAAAUCACACUGCCCAUCACUGGUGUCGUAUGUCUUUUCCUCAUGAGUUUCGACGCCGGCAGAAAUUGUCUUCCGAUUAAAAGAUGGGAUACCUGCUGGGAGAUCGCCAUCUCUUGCGGAAUCGAUCUAGAUGCUCUGUACAAAAUCAAUCCGUCCUUGAUUGGCGGCCAAGCUUGCGAUAAUCUGAGGAUUGGAGACGCUAUUGGCUGUCAAGCAGCAAGAAACGCCAUCGAAGAGAAUUGGAACACCGGCGACGGCAACGUCAAAUGGCAAUUCAAUUGCGAUUAUUACGGAAACGAUUUGGAGCGGUUGCCGAGUUCCGGCGAAAAUUGCGGAGGCCUCUGUGUUGCCCACCCCAAAUGCACCCAUUUUCGUUACACCGACGAUGGCUACUGUUACUUGAAGACAUUACCGCUAACAAGUCGUCGUACCCCCGCCAAAGGUGGCGUGUGCGGCUAUCUUCCGUUAAAAUUCGAAUCACCGCCUCGGGACGUUUGGAAUUCCGGAGAAGGUGGCGUCAAGUGGCUUCUCAACUGCGAUUUCUUCGGCAACGACAUCGGGCGAAUCGAGGCUACCGGAGAGCAAUGCGGCGGCCUGUGCGUUGCCAAUCCUGAAUGCAACCACUUCCGCCACAGCGAUGGGACCUGUUACCUUAAAAAAACCUCGUUGAAUACUCCUCGUACACCCAUCAACGGUGGCGUGUGUGGUUACCUACCUUUCAGGGAUUUCGAUUCUUGUCAGGCAGUUGGUGGAUUAGAGUCGAAAUGCCGGCCGGUCAAAGACUGCGCUGUCUGGUACGAUCUCGUUUUAACCACUCCCGGCGCGGGCUGCGCCUUAGCCGAUGGCGGUCCGGGAGCUUGCUGUCCAGAUCUUCCUGCAAACAGUUACGGAGCACCCCCUCUGCAAGAUAACGAGAAGAAAGCCAAGCAAUAUAAUCUCGUAUUUAAUUCGCCUAAGCAACAGCAGCAGUACAACAGCAUUAACAACUCUAUGAACUCGGCGGCUGAGGCCGGUAAACUGCAGAUGAAGGUCACCGACACGAUAGAGACUCAACUUUUCGUGAAAAAAUUUUUUGUUUUGCCCGGCUCGUCUCGUGCUACACACGCGCUGGUCUUCACCAGCACAGCGGAGUCAGAGAAAAUGAGUCGUGACGCAAUGAUGGAAUCUUACACCGUCACUGAGAUUGUUAAAAGAUUUAACAUUAAGCCGGAAGAUGUUCAGAGGACCAUGAAACAAUUCAACUUAAAGGACACGAUUUUGUCGGGAAUGUGCACCGCCGAUCCUGUUUGUGAUGAAAAAACAAUCCGUUCCCCUUACAGAACGCUGGAUGGAUCGUGCAACAACAUCCAGCGACCUUCCUGGGGAAAAUCGCUCACACAAUUCCAACGGGCUCUUCCUUCUGCUUACGCUGACGGUGUGCGGACUCCCAGACGAGCUAAAAAUGGCGGCGAACUUCCCUCCGCUCGAUUGGUGUCAACAACCGUCGCCGUCGAUAUUGACUCUCCCAGCCAAAGUGACACGACCUGGGUCAUGCAGUACGGGCAGUUCAUCGAUCACGAUUUCACGAGAACUCCCGAAUUCAAAAUGGCCAAUGGAAGCACUAUUCCGUGCUGUAUGCCGGAUGGGAAAUUUAUUGAGAAAAAGCUGAUCCAUCCCGAAUGUUUUCCGAUUGAGAUUCCGGAGAACGAUUCUUUUUUCUCCAAGUUUGGCCAACGUUGUAUGCCAUUGGUCCGUUCGGCACCGAUUCGCAGGUCAGAUUGCACCUUCGGCGCUUCCGAACAGAUGAACCAAUUGACGCACUUUCUGGACAACUCGAACGUCUACGGUUCCGACGACAAAACAGCGCGGGAAUUACGAACGUUUAAAAAAGGCGGCAUGAAAGUCACUCCCAGGAAUGAAUUAGAUUUACUCCCAGCCGACGAGGAGUCUAAGGUGUCGUGUACCUUGUCCAAAACAGUGUCCGGAAUCGAUCCACCCACCGAUGUCAAGUGCUUCAAAACAGGUGAUACAUCUCGAGUGAACGAGCACCCCAAUUUAGCUGUGACCCAUACGAUUUUCUUGCGUGAACACAAUCGACUGGCGGCUGAACUGGCCCGUUUGAAUCCCGGAUGGGACGACGAGCGUCUCUACCAGGAGGCCAGACGAAUUCUGGCCGCCCAAAUGCAGCACAUCACAAUCAACGAAUGGCUGCCCGUCAUUAUCGGUCGAGCGAAAAUGCAGGAACUCGGUCUGCUGCCACUGCAACAAGGUUCCAGUCAAGAUUACGACAAGAACCUCAAUCCGUCCAUUUUGAACGAAUUUGCUGCAGCCGCUUUCCGGUUCGGCCACACCCUCAUCCAAGGGAAACAUCAUUUGACUAAUCAGCGGGGGACCAAGGAUCGAGAAAUCCUGUUACGUCAACACUUUUUCAAAAUGCAGGAAAUAUACACGCCGGGCAAUCUCGACAAGUUUCUCAUUGGAUUGGCCAGUCAGCCCAGUCAAAAUGCGGAAAACUAUUUCACCCAGGAGGUGACAAAUCAUUUGUUUGAAGAGCAAGGCAAGGGUUUCGGCUUGGAUUUGGUUUCACUUAACCUCCAACGCGGUCGUGAUCAUGGUAUUCCCGGCUAUAACGCCUAUCGGACCCAAUGUGGUUUGCCACCUGCUAGCCAAUUCAGCGACCUUCUCAAUUUGAUUUCCCCUGCGAUUUUGGAUAAAUUUGCGAAAUUGUACGAUACGGUUGACGACAUCGACCUGUUCAUCGGGGCCAUGUCAGAGCGAUUGGCUCCAGGUGCUUUGGUAGGACCCACUUUUCAGUGCAUCAUAGCAGACCAGUUUCUGAAACUGAAACGGGGCGACCGCUUCUUCUACGAUCUCGCUGGACAGCCCAGCAGCUUCACCAAAGAUCAACUGACUGAAAUCCGACGCGCCAGUUUUGCCCGUCUCGUCUGUGACAACAGCAACGUAAAAUCCAGCCAGCCUCUAAUCUUUAAAACACCAUCUCACGUAAACCCGAUUUUGAAUUGCGAUUCCGCCUCUAUCCCUCGUCUUAACCUUCGCCCAUUCGGGGUGGAAGAUCGCUGGCCUGAAUACAACACCGGCGACGGCGGUGUCAAAUGGCUCCAGAAUUGCGACUUCCCCGGCUACGACCUCAGCCGAAAGACCAUCCCGGGUGAACAUUGCGGCCGACUCUGCAUCGAUGACGGCAAGUGCAACGCGUUUACCUACAACUCGGCGACGGGAAUCUGUUUCUUGAAAGACAUUCCAGCGUCGUAUGGCCGCUCACCUUGGAACGGAGCUAUCUGCGGCUUCCUUCCGUGGAAAUUUUAGUUGUUUCUAAUAUAUUUAAAUACUCUUUAUCUGUGAAUCGACUGCCCAAAAUCUGUCCUCUUGCAGGUAGAUUAUUUGUAUCGCGCCUUACCUGCUAGCAGAGUGUAAAGCAAAAUACAAAAUGUCGAGUGAAA